AUGGGUCCUCAAUCGCAGGACAAAAACCGACGCAUACCUUCUAGAACAUUCAUCCGCGAGCCAGUCUCGAAUGACAUACUCGAAUUUCCUUCACACCGUCAUCCUCGAAUUGAGCUUGGCCUGGACCUAUCAGCCGGUAUAUUCGUGGGUGGGGGUUCGAUCGAGGGCACUGUCCAAAUCAACAUCGACGAUGCUGAACGCAUACGGCACAGAAGGACUCUGGAUGUUGCACGAAUAUCUAUUGACCUUCUCGGCAUAGAGGAAAUGAGUGGAAACAGACGAUGCGUAUUUCUCAAUCUUGCAACGGAACUAAUCGAUGAAGACCACCCGCCACCCCUACACAUGGUCUACGAACAGAAGCCGAUCAGUUCAAACGAUUUAUUCUGGCACUUGACGCCCUCUGUCACGAACCUCGCUUUCAAUUUGAGCUUACCACUCAAUGUUGGACCACCACCUUUUCAUUCCAAAAAUGCACGCAUUCGAUACGCACUAUGCGUGUCGCUGCUCAUUCGCGAUCACGGCAGGCAGUACAUCGUCAGGACUUCGGAAGACGUCACUAUCCUUUCAGUAUAUGAUCCCGAGAAAGCUCUUGUAUCUCUCCCCAGCCCUCUCACUGCCUCGGACGAAUGGGUCAAGGCUCGCGACACUGCCCUUGAAGUCGUACGAGUAACAGCCGGUCUACACAGACAGGUCUGGGUCAGCGGAACGAGCAUCUAUGUUGAUGUGCAUAUCGCAAACAACAGUCGGAAGGCUAUCAAGAAGAUUGAACUCCAGCUGGAGCGGGAUAUCCUUUGUUACAAACACGCUGCUGCGUCGACCAUGGAGAGAUCUGCUGGUCAAGCGCGGAUAUUCGACAACAAUGAACGUUCAAUACUUAGUAAGAGCUUUGUCAAGCAAGGAACUGCAGGCUGGCAUGGCGUGCCUUCUCAACAAACACACAUCCGCACUUGCGAUCUCGAAGCACCUCGUGGACACGCUACGGUCAAGUGUGGUAAAUACUUCGAAGUUCGAUACUUUUUAAAUGUCAUCGUAAGCAGUGCUCAUACAAAGUUGGUGACCGUUCAGUUGCCCAUUGUACUGAUUCACAUGAAUUCUCUUGAUGUGGUGCCCAAUUCAGUCGCCCAGGUAGCUAUGGCUAUCGAAGAGAAGCGCACCGCACAUAAGCACCAACGCGGCCAGUCUCCGCCUCAACUAGGCCGCAAGCGCUCGCAAUCUGUUCAAGGGCGUGCUUUUGCUGCGCCACGAAUGCAGUCACUUGACCGGAUGCGAGCACAAGUGGAGGAUUUGCAAGAGCUUGGGCAGAUACUCGAUCAUAGUCCUCGCAAGUACGCCAUCCGCCGCAUAAACUCCAACUGGGACUAUCAUACCCCGCCAUCAAAUCGAAAGGGCAGAGUGGUUGAUGAUGGCGAAGCAGCGGAGCUACAGGAUCGUCUGCGAAGAGUCCGCUCGAAUGAGACGAUGGGUUCCAAACAUCAUGCGUUGAAUCGAGGCAGCUCAUCAAGGACGAAGCGUGCCGAGUCGGCACUUGGGUUCAGAGAAGCCGAAGUUCGAGACGAUAUGGAACUUGCUGGCUUGGGUAUGUCUGGCGAAGCUCCGUUCAAGCAACGAUUGGAGCGUAGUCGUUCGCGCCAGUACCAGUUUGUCAAGAAGAAGAGCGUCGAACGGUGGAGAGGCGUGGCUACCUCUAGUGUAGGAUGGCUGAAAGGCAACAACGCAGGCAGAGAUAAUCGAGACCGCGAUGACUGGGUCUAA